UUGCGCAAUUUGAUGAAUAGUGUCGCUGUCAAAAGCGUUAGAAACAGAUGAAGGCAUGUUGAUAGACAGACAGCUCUGACAGAGGGGAGAGGAAGAGAAGCUGCGUCAUGUCUCCUCCUCACGGUUACAUGUAGUUAUCCAUCCGCGGAGCUGGAUGUCGGGAAGAGUUUUGCUCAACUAGUACCGUCACCGCGCCGUCCCGGGCUUUAAUGUGUCGCUUUUGCCUUUUUUUUCUGGAGAGCUAUGGAAACCAAGACAUGUCAAGUCUAAGAGCGGUUUUACAGCUGUGAGCGUGUCGAGCUUCUUGUGAAUAUUUUUUCUACCUUGUCAAACUUCAACGCAGGAGGGAACAGCUCCGGCUCGAGAGGAGCCUCUGAGGGCAGAAUGGUAAACAGCCAAGCGUCAGGCGUACCGCCGGCCCCCAGGUCGUGUGCAGGAUGCGGGGGGAAGAUCGCCGACCGCUUCCUGCUCUUCUCCAUGGAACGCUACUGGCACACUCGUUGCCUCAAGUGCUCUUGCUGCCAAGCCCAGCUGGGGGACAUUGGCACCACCUGCUACAGCAAAGGGGGCAUGAUUCUGUGUCGGAGCGACUACAUCAGACUGUUCGGGCACAGCGGGGCGUGCAGCGCCUGCGGCCAGUCGAUCCCAGCCAACGAAAUGGUGAUGAGGGCACAGGGAAAUGUUUACCACCUCAAGUGUUUCAGCUGUGCCACCUGUAGAAACAGACUGAUGCCUGGCGAUCGCUUCCAUUACAUCAAUGGUACAAUCUUCUGUGAGCAUGACAGACCCGGCGCUGCCUUGCUCAACAGCCACCUGCCUCCACUUCAGAGCAACUCUGUACUGACAGACCAGAAGGUAUGCUGAGUGGCAGCAGUGCCGCGCAUCGCCCUCGCCUUUCCUCCCGAGCUUCACUUCUCUUCAGUGCACUAUUCUUCUCCCGCUACUGUCGCCGUUGUUGUGGAUUCUUAUCACUACCCCGCCUCUCUUCCCACGGCGAGGAUGCAGUUUAUCACCCAAGAUAUCCCUUCCCUCACCAUAUCACAGACUCUAUAUACCGCAUUCAAAGUCACGUUUAUGUUGUGUUCAAUGUUAAAGUGGUCUGUGCAUCAUGCAAAGACUCACAGUAUGUGUGGACCGCACUGGCAAAAGGCUCCAUGGGGACUAAGAGGAAGCUUGAGGAAAACAAUGCCGAUGAGAGCCCGAGCCAACUGGAAGAGGGAACAAAAGAUGCUUCAAUGAAUGUUUGAUGGACUGCUGUAAAAUGACUGUCAAAGCUUCCCCUGAGCGUCAGUGCUUUUAAUGAACUCUUGAUCUCUCUCUUGUAUAUGUUAAUCUGAAACUCAAGGAACAUCUAAUGUUGCUGUCAUAUACGAUAACUGAUGCCCUGCACAAAGAACUGAAAUGAUCCUGUGAAGGUUUUAUUAGUUUUUUUCCUUCUGUAGAGUUUUAUUUCUUUAUCAGAUACCUGUUCAAUGUGUGAAAAAAAUGGUAGAGUUGAAAACAAAAACCCUAUUAAAACGAUUUUCCUGUAA